GUUGACGUUCCGUAUGUCAUGUUGGAAGUUUCUUGUUAUUGAAAUGUGAAGUUUAAUUUUCAAAAGUAAUUUAGAGAAAUUUAGCAAAAUGUCUUUACCGGGCAACGGUAUAUUCGUCGUAAAAGGCGAAAUUUCAAUUUUGAUAACGGCAAUGAGACGUGGUGUAAAAUGGUCCUCACAUUCACACCAAGACGAGGAACUCGAUCUUCUAAUGCAUUCCUUUCAAGAUUUAAAGGACGUUCUGAAUAAAAUGGACGAUCUUAAGCUUCUCGAUCCAAUUUUGUUUCUAACUCCCUUUUUAGAUGUUAUUAGAUCUGAGGAAACGACAGGUCCCGUCACUAGUCUAGCACUAUCAGCUGUUAACAAAUUCUUAUCUUACGGGAUUAUCGAUCCAACACACGCAUCUAUGCCUACUGUCGUCGAUAAUAUUGCGGACGCAGUAACGCAUGCCCGUUUUGUGGGCACCGACCAGUCAUCCGACGGCGUAGUUUUAAUGAAAAUCUUGCAGGUAUUGCGCACCUUAACUUUGUCGCCCGAAGGUGCCGCUUUAACGAACGACAGCCUUUGCGAAAUUAUGCUGUCUUGUUUUCGUAUAUGUUUCGAGGGCCGCUUGAACGAACUUCUGCGAAAAACGGCCGAGCACUAUUUAAAAGACAUGGUUCAACUGGUAUUCAUGCGUCUACCGCAGUUUCCCGAGGAUUUACGAAUUGGCGGCAUGAAACAUUUGAAAAUAAAGCCGGGAGCGAUUGAAGCGUCGCGUAAACGAAAAUCGUCUCGAAAUAAAAAUAAGAAUGCACGUGCGGUGGAGGAAAAGCUAGCAGAAGGUGAUGAUGCACAAUCGCCCGUUGUAACGAAAGCGACGUCGUUACGCACGAAUCCACUAUCAACCACUCCAAUGACCCCAGGCGUUAAUAUUGUGGACAUGCAAGGGUCAAUAUCACGUUCGACACCACAAUUGUUAUCAAAUGAGGCAGUAGAUGCGACAUCUCCCAGUAGUUUUCCUGAAAACGAGAGAAACGGGGACGAAUCUGAACCGUGCGCUGAGAGCAAUAUCAUCGUUAACGUACAGAGUCCGGGUAGUUCGGACGUUUGUGCCGAGGAUGACCCAAACGAUCAGAUAAAUUCGCCUACGACGGAAGAACCCAAUUUUCAAAGUCUUGACGUCGAGAGCAAUGAACCGAGCAUUCCGGAGACGGUUGCGGAUGCAAACCAGCAAGGUUUUGAGGUUCAGGAAGAAGUAAAGGAGUACAUUAAUCCGCGAGGUAUCAGGUUCACGCCUCAUCAAGAGACUACAGCCUUAAUACCGUAUGGCAUUGUAUCGGUGCGGGAAAUGUUUAGGUUUCUAAUCAGUUUAUGUAAUCCCCUUGAUAAGCAAAAUACCGACUCGAUGAUUCACUUGGGGUUAACUCUAUUAACGGUCGCCUUCGAAGUGAGUGCCGAUAAUAUAGGGAAGUACUCCAGUUUGCUGACCUUGGUUAAGGACGAUCUCUGUCGAAAUUUAUUCUCGUUGCUCAACACAGAGAGAUUAUCGAUUUUUGCAGCCGACCUGUCUGUGUCAUUUCUAAUGUUCGAGUCAUUGAGAACCCACUUGAAGUUUCAGUUGGAGUUCUACUUGACAAAGUUAAUUGAAAUUAUUACAAGCGACUCGGUAAAAGUAACGUACGAACACAAAGAGUUGUCCUUGGACAAUAUGGUGCAACUGUGGAAGGUACCCGGUUUGGUAACGGAACUUUACCUUAACUAUGACUGUGAUAUAUACUGCACGAAUCUGUACGAAGAGUUAACUAAGCUGCUGGCGAAGAAUGCGUUCCCCGCCACCUCUGGCAUUUAUCACAUGCAUCUACUAUCAUUGGACGCAUUGAUAACCGUUAUGGACGAUAUCGAAGGUCACUGUUUGAGGAGCAAGGGAAAACUGGAGUUUGCCUCGUCUAAUCCAGAAAGUGAGGGCGAGUUUACGAACAUUAAUGAUUUUAUCGGGAAAAGUUCACGGCAAAAAGUAUCCGAAAAUGUUCCAAAUAGGGAGCAGCUCAUUGCAGUAAAAAAUAUUAAGAAAUGGCUUCCGAUGGGCACAGAUUAUUUCAACCACAAACCGAAGAAGGGCAUCCAAUUCUUGCAAGAGCACGGCAUUCUUAAGCCCGAUCUGAACCCCCACGAAAUCGUCACCUUUCUAAGGGAAAAUCCGGGCUUGGAGAAGAAGAUGAUCGGCGAGUACAUAAGCAGCCGUAACAACUUGCAGAUAUUGGAGGCGUUCGUCAAGAUGUUCGAUUUUAGCGAUAUGCGCGUGGACGAGGCGUUGCGAUUGUACUUGGAGACGUUUCGGCUGCCCGGCGAGGCGCCCCUCAUCUCGCUGCUCCUGGAGCAUUUCGCCGAACAUUGGCACAAAUCGAAUGGGGAACCAUUUGCGAACGCCGAUGCCGCUUUCACUUUAGCGUACGCUGUGAUUAUGUUAAAUGUGGACCAGCAUAACCAUAACGUUAAAAAACAAAAUAUUCCUAUGACUGUGGACGAUUUUAAGAAGAAUCUGAAGAAAGUGAAUGGUGGAAGUGAUUUUGAUCAAGAGUUGCUGAAUGAUAUUUACAAUGCGAUCAAGAGCGAGGAGAUCGUCAUGCCAGCGGAACACACGGGUUUAGUGAAAGAAAACUACCUCUGGAAGGUUCUAUUAAGGCGUGGAAUGUCGAAGGACGGAUUGUACAUUCAUGCGUCAGGCGACGCGUUCGAUUACGAUCUAUUUGCAUUAAUCUGGGGCCCGAUCGUCGCCGCUUUGUCCUUUAUUUUUGACAAGUCGGAAGAUCCCACCGUAUACCAGCGAGCGAUUAAAGGCUUCGAAUCGUGCGCCUUCAUAUCAUCGCAUUUCGGAAUAUCGACAAAUUUGGACAUGCUGAUUUUGACGUUGUGCAAAUUCACGCUGUUCAAUAAUCAACCUAAGAAUUUUGGCGGUAUACAGUUUGGUGCCAACCUAAAAGCGCAGUGCGCCCUCAAAACGUUGUUUAAUUUAAUACAUCAGCACGGCGAUUACGUUCGGGAGGGUUGGAAGAACGUCUUUGAUAUCUUCCUGUCGUUGUACUACGAGAAUAUGCUGCCGAAAUCAUACAUGGAGGUCGAAGACUUUAUCGAUCCAAACGGAAAAAUCACUUUGGUGUGUGAAAUCAUGCAAUCGCAGAAACAGGACACCGGGUUGUUUAGCUCGUUGUACUCGUACAUGGUAUCCUCAUCGGAAAACCUAUCAAAAAUUCCCACCCCCGAAGAGCAGGAAUACAUCGAUAUCGCGAACCAGUGCAUUAAGGACUGUAAUUUCGAUCAGGUUGUAACCGAUUCGAAAUUCCUACACGAAACUGCACUGCUACACCUUGUGAAAGCAUUGGUCGAGUUGUCCAGGGGACCGGACGUACAUAAAUCUUUGGGUUACAACUACAAUCAGAGCGUUACCAUAUUCUUUAUGGAAUUACUUCUACGGAUCGUUAUUCAGAAUAGGGAUCGAGUAAUGUCGAUAUGGAAUAUUGUCAGAGAUCAUCUUUACACAUUGGUCAUGAACGCGUCUCAUUGCGAUUACCAAUUUUUAUUGGAACGAGCCGUAAUCGGUCUUUUACGCUUGGCCAUACGAUUGAUGCGUAACGAGGAAAUGAGCCCGAUCGUUUUGCAGUCGCUUCGGAUGCUUUUGUUGUUGAAAAGUUCGACGCUCUUUAGGAUAUCUAGGCAAAUUUCGUACGGAUUGUACGAAUUGCUUAAGACGUCCGCUCAGAAUAUUCACACCAGUACUGAUUGGUCGAUUGUUUUUACGCUAUUAGAGUGUGUCGGAGCCGGAGCACAACCGCCUAAAGCGGUUUCGGGCGAAAAUAACGCCGAGCAAGGUGCCAAGUCGGACGGAGAAGGCGCGGCGAGUAGUGAGGAUGAGCAUGUCAGCACGGAUCGCGGGUAUACAUCAGAUUCAGAAUUGACGCGUAGUCCUAAACAUGUAUCUAGUUCAAGGCCUCAAAGUCCUCUCAUUGUUACAGCCAGUUCACCAGUUACAGUACAAAGUAAUACUGGUGGUUGGAUUGUUGUGGGCAAAGAUACCGAAGUGCAACCAGUUGUUGGACGUACACUACCCGCCGAACAGUAUAAUUUGGCAUUGGAACGCAAUUUGGGUCCCCACGAUCGCAGUGCACUCGUCAAGUGCUGUGAAAGUUUAGCGUUUUUAGUUAGAGAUGUCGCACAUAUCACCCCGUACAACUUCGACAACUGCAUUCACUGCAUACGGACGUUUGUGGAAGCUAGUUUAAACGGAACUAAGCGAAGUAGACGCAUAUCAAAUCGAGAGUCGGCCGGUCGUAAGAAGCUAGGCGGACGGAGACGUGAUCAUGCGCAGACAAGAAGAAGUCCGAUUACGAGCAGUCCGGACGAGGAGAGCGAAGACGAGGACGACAUUCCAAGCGGAUAUCACCAAAUUUCCAUACAACUCUUGGAUUUGAUGCACACGUUGCAUACGCGAACCGCCCAAAUAUUUCGGUGGUGGGCCGAAGAGGGCGGCGAGGUCGGUAGCGAGACGUCGCUGUGGACUCAGGGUUGGUGCCCAUUACUUCAAGGUAUUGCCAGACUGUGCUGUGAUGUGAGGCGGCAGGUCCGAAUGAGUGCGAUUACGUACCUUCAAAGAGCAUUACUGGUUCACGACUUACAAACGCUCACCGGUCCCGAAUGGGAAGCGUGCUUCCACAGAGUGCUAUUCCCACUACUCUCACUACUACUGCAACCGAUAGGGCCGAGCGACGCGCAGUUCUUGGAAGAAACGCGAAUGCGUGCCGCAACCGUCCUCUCAAAGGUAUUUCUCCAUCACUUAACCCCAUUGCUUUCGUUGCCGACAUUCACGCAACUUUGGAUAACGAUAUUAGAUUUCAUGGAUAAAUACAUGCACGCGGACAACAGCGACUUGCUUUACGAGGCCAUACCCGAAUCGCUAAAAAAUAUGCUGCUGGUGAUGGAUUCGGCUAAGGUCUUCGAGGGGCAAGAAGGACCGGGUCAGCUGUGGAGCAUUACGUGGGAGAGAAUAGGGCGGUUUUUGCCGCAUAUGAAAGAGGAAUUGUUUAGGGAGAGAGAUCAAGAGAAUUUAAAGGAAGAAGUUGUGCAGGUUCAACAUCAAACUGAGCAACCAUCAAUAACAACCAUUCAACACAAUAUUGAAAAUGCAACAAGAUCUAGUAUUAUUCUUCUACCUCCUUCCAGUGAGCCUAACAUCGCUUCACCUUUGUUUGCUCAUUUGGGACAGAUGGUGUCGACCCCGAUAGGCGCGCCAACCUACGCUGAAACGAGUCCGACGUUUGCUGUUCCAAACUCGCCCAUUUUACAGACGACGCAACCGCAAAUCGCCACUCAACCGACGUCCGGCUUGCAGAUUCAACCGACAGUUCCUUACGCGAUGCCAAAUUUAUUAGUCAAUUCGUCCAACGAAGGGCACACAUUUCCAGUAUUAUACAAUAAAAGCUUCACCGAAUCGCAACCCGUUUCCUUAUACUCACAAUAUAUAGACAAUCCGUACAACUGCCCACCUCCGCAAAACACAACUGCAACGGAUAACGAUAAUUCCACCGUUACACAAAACGAUACCACGACGGAUACCAAUUCGAAGAAUAUAGCCGAAGAUAACAAUUCGAAUUACGAGAGUAACAUCAGUGAAAUUCAACCGAAUAACAUUUUUCAAUCGGCGAACUACUUCUGUUCUGGCUCGGAAUUUAUACCGCCCGGUUCCGAAAUUCUCUUCGCAUCUGAACAAAAAAAUCAAAGCUCGUUAUUGAACAACGUACCGAUUAUAUCAAGUGUGAACAUCAAUCAAUAGGUCAAUUAACGCAUGAUUGUUAGUGUCAUCUAGAAAAUUUGUUUAUGUGAAUAUUUUGUACGCGAUUGAGUGAGAGGGUGAAUUGUUUAUUUAUAUUGUAUCAUUUUUAUUUGUUUUUGAAUAAUUUAUAAAUUGUAUUUCUAAUUGUAUAAAAUCUAUAAUGCAUAGGCUGAUUAGAAAAAAGACUUCUAUUGAGAAUUUGUAUAUACUUCAUGAAUAGUAUGUAAAUAUAUUGUGUAUAUUACAAUGUUAAAGG